GUUUGUUGCUCAAUCCGAGCGACGUCACAGAUUAUCAUCAUCACAUCAGGUACCAGCCUGACAGGAGCAGACGUGCAGCUGCGGCGGUCAACAGGCAGUUGCUCCAGACAGACUCCGGGACCAUCUCACCUACUGGAGGAACCGAGGGGUAAAGGACCAGUCCGCCAUGUUAAAGGAGUGAGGUGCAGCUGGGACCCUACCUUCACCUGCCUCAGAACCCCGACUCCUCCGCCCAGCAGAGGAAGUAUAGAGCAGCAGUAGCGAGACACACUGUGAACACUGUGAGGAUGAGAGUCGCUGUGCUCUGCGUCGUGGUGCUCGCCGUCCUCUGUCACAGCCACAGCCUGGAAAUACAGAACCCGCGGUACUGGUCCAAAAGGUCUCAGGAAAGUGUUGCGUCGGAUCCCAGCGACUGUGCGUCCAGGACCAGGCAGCAGGCGAUAACGAACCCUCACAACUUCUCUGUGGACGUCCGGAUGCCUGGUGUCGUCCCGGCCGGGUCAGACACUUACCUGUGCAUGUCGUUUCCUGUGCCAACGAAUCGGGACGCAUAUAUCGUGGACUUCAUCCCUCACGCCAGCAUGGACACGGUCCAUCACAUGCUUCUGUUCGGCUGCCAAACGCCCGUCUCCUCCAAGAGCUACUGGGACUGUGGCAGCGUUCAGGGCACGUGUGAGGACGAAGCCUCCAUCAUGUACGCCUGGGCUCGGAACGCUCCUCCCACCAAACUGCCCAAAGACGUCGGUUUUAAAGUUGGAAAAAGUUCAAGAAUGUCCAACUUCGUGCUGCAGAUCCAUUAUGGAGAUGUCGGUGCUUUCAGGGACCAUCACAGAGAUUGCUCAGGAGUCACCUUGAGGAUGACGUCCAGGCCGCAGCCAUUCAUCGCUGGCAUAUACCUGCUCAUGUCUGUGGAUACUGUCAUCCUUCCAGGAAAAAGAGUUACAAAUGGCGACGUGGCCUGUGACUACACUUCGUAUCCUAUCUACCCGUUUGCCUUCCGGACACACACACACCACCUGGGUAAAGUGGUCAGCGGCUACAGGAUUCGAGGAGGGAAGUGGAGCCUGAUUGGACGACAGUCGCCUCAGCUACCGCAGGCUUUCUAUCCCGCUAACCAAGAGAUGGAUGUGAAGUACGGCGACACUCUUGCUGCCAGAUGUGUGUUUACCGGUGAGGGCAGAACCUCCAAAACCUACAUCGGUGGCACCUCCGACGAUGAGAUGUGCAACUUCUACAUAAUGUACUACAUGGACAGUAAACAUGCGAUACCCUACAUGAACUGCAUGGAGACGGGCUCCGAGGAGCUGUUUCAACGUAUUCCAGCUGAGGCCAAUGUUCCCAUCGCUGUCGCUCCAGGUCACUCCAUGAUGCACAUGGGACAUUCAACAGAUCAUCAAGAUGGCAGAUCAGCGUUGGAUCAAAACACAGCAGAGCAGGAUCUGGAUCCGGGUGACCUCUUUUCUCUCAUGUCCAAGCUGCUAGGCCAGAGUCAGGACAUAGUUCAUGUUCAUAAGUUCAACCCCGGUGAGAUGCAGAGAGCCCAUGCCGAGCUGGUUGCUCAGAUUGAUAGCUUAAUGCAAAACAAAGACCUGGGCUCUCCCAGUGCCGCACUGGCCUUCCACACCAGGGAGGACCCGGUUCUGGUUCGGGACCGAGUCCACAGGUUCCAUCAGCUCGAGGCCACGGCCAAGCCCCCGAGGAGCCAGCUGGUGGCUGACGGACAAGACCAUUUGGAGCAGGUGUCGGCGUGGCCGCAGAGUUCUCUCCAGCUGGGUCAGGUGUCGGGACUCGCCCUCGACUCAGAUUCUAACUUGGUCAUCUUCCACAGAGGGGAUCACCACUGGGGGGCCAACUCCUUCAACAACCAGGACAGAUACCAGCAGCGCUCCCUGGGUCCGAUCCAGCAGUCCACCAUUUUGGUCGUGGACCCAGCGAAAGGCAACAUCCUGAAGGCUUCGGGCAGAAACAUGUUUUUUAUGCCUCAUGGAAUAACUACAGACAAAGAGAAUAACUACUGGGUCACUGACGUGGCUCUUCAUCAGGUGUUGAAAGUGAGCGGUGACGGCGCAGACACAACGCUGCUGGCACUGGGAGAGGCGUUCACACCGGGAAGCGACAGCAACCACUUCUGCAAGCCCACCGACGUCGCCAUCGACGCUGCCACUGGCAACGUCUUUGUGUCCGACGGCUACUGCAAUGCCAGAAUACUGAAGUUCUCCGCCGAGGGCACGUACCUGUCCGAGUGGGGCGCAGGUUCGUCCGACAGGAGGAGGCGUUUGCCGUUCCGGGUGCCACACAGCCUGGUGUUCCUCCCCGACCGACAGGAGGUCUGUGUGGCCGACCGGGAGAACGGGCGCAUCCAGUGCUUCAUCGCUGAAACGGGAGAGUUCGUCAAGGAGAUAAAGAAAGACGAGUUCGGAGGAGAAGUGUUCGCCAUCAACUACAGCCCGGCUGGAGAUGGCUUGAUCUUUGCAGUAAAUGGAGAAUCUCCGUAUGGCUCGGCUCCACUCAGAGGUUUUGUAAUAAAUUAUUCGACCAAGGAUAUUUUGGAUACGUUCAGCCCAAAGACAGAGGAGUUUAAAAUGCCUCAUGACAUCGUUGAAACCAGAGACGGCAGCGUCUUUGUCGGCGACGCAGGCAGCAAAUCUGUCUUCAAGUUCACCAGCGAGAAGUCUCAUCGCUCCGUCAAGAAAGCUGGAAUCGAGGUUCAGGAGCUUGAAGAAGUGGAGACGUGGGUCCAAACCAAGCUGAGGCCCAAACACAACGCGUCAAAGACGGCAGCCAAUCAAGAGAAGCAAAACGUGGCUCAACAGCCUCAACCACAGAGAGAGGAAGAGGAGAAGGUGCAGGAGGAGGAGGAGGAGAAGAAGAAGAAGAGUGCGGCGAAGCCAAUCAGAGGAGGCGGUGUCCUCCCAGCUGUCAUCACCACUCUGCUGCUCGUCCCUCUGGUGCUCGUCAUCUCCAUCAGCGUCUUCAUCUGCUGGAGGAGAAACAACGGGUGUGAGGUGAAGAGUGAAACCAGCUCGGUGGGAGGGAUCUUAGGAAAAAUAAGAGGUAAAGCGGUGGGAAGUCUGAACCUGGGGAACUUCUUUGUGUCCCACAAAGGUUACAGUCGCCAGGGCUUUGACCAGCUGAGCACCGAGGGCAGCGACCGGGAGCGUAACGACGAGGACAGCAGCGACUCGGAGAACGAGGAGUACUCCGCCCUGCCGCCGCCGCCGCCCCAGGCGUCCUCGUCCUCGUCCUCCUAGACGUCCUGCUGCCGCCGCCGGCCUCUCGCUUACGUUGCCAAGGUGUUCGUUCUUCAUCACGUGUAACUGUUGUGUUAGCUGCCAAUCUCAUUGUUUAUAAGUUUAAAUAUAUACUGUACAUUCAAAUAUUUUUUUGCCAUAAUUUAGACCAUUUUUUAAUUUAAUAUUAAUUUAAUUUAUCUGUGGUCCUGAUGCGAUUUCACACACGUCACUACGAACACGCGUUUCCCCCCAAAUCAAACUUGCACAAAGUCAAACGAUGAGAGAAGAUUCCACACGUCUGACACGUCGGGUUAUCAGAUUCAGCCUUAAAACGUCAAAACACAGACAAGAUCAUUUUUUCCUACAGUUUCCCUCAUUUCGUUUCAGGGAUUUUCUGCAAAAGAGCAUCAAAUUAAAUUCUUCUAAAAAGAGUUAGGUAGUGGAAAUGGGUAAAAAAUGAAUCUCAGCUGGAUUUUUUAUUUGAACCACCAAACGUCACUGAAUUACUUUUUUUUCAAGAUGAGGGAAUUCAUUUUAGUCGACCUGUUUAAAAACCUUUGGGUCUCUGUUUCCAUGGCGACGCUAUGACCAGCACUGGCAGCACGAACAGCAGGAUGUGUUUUCAUUAUCGGAGCUUCACUGAGUCUGACGUUAACCGUCCUGAGAACCUGCAGCUGCGUCGGUUAACUCCGGGUUUUCUGGUGUCAAGCGCAUUCGUGUGGAAGAGGAAGAUUCGUCAGAUCUUCAGAACCUUGAAUAAAGUUCUUGAUGUGAUAGGAGAAGUAUCGCUGUCACCUGCAGGUCAGUUUGGUUGAAAGCAACAGACAGAAGUGAGGUGUAAAUAAACCAAGAAUAGAAAAAUAACCACU